AUGAAUAUAUAUUCGCGAUUCUUGAGUAGAUAUUACUUUGGGACAGUGAAGAUCUUCAAGUUGCCUGAUUUGGGGGAAAAGAUCAAGGAGGCCACAAUAAAAAAAUGGCAUGUUAAGAUAGGAGAUCACGUAAACGAAUUCGAUCCUAUUGCGGAUGUUUCAACAGAUAAGAUGUUCACUCAAAUUCCAAGUAAUUACACUGGGAAGGUUCAUAAGUUGUUCCAUUAGGAAGAUGAAACUUGUUUGGUGGGUGGAGAUUUCUUAGAGAUUGAGAUAGAAUCUGAUAAUCAAUAAUCAGCAUAAUCAGAGACUCAUCAUCAUUUCAAAAUUCAUUAAACAAUCCAAACAAACAAUACAACCUCUAAUCACAAAUUGGCUACACCUGCAGUACGUCAUUUGGCCAAGCAAAAGGGAAUCGAUUUGAGCAAGGUUUAAGGCAGUGGCAAAGACGGAAGAAUAUUGAAGACAGAUCUUGAAAAGGAUAAGCAAUCUCCAAAGGAACAACCAUCAUCAUCAACUAAAAUUAACAAUAAAAGUGAAUCUACUUCAACCGUCAUCAAAAUGUCUGAUUUUUAGAAGGGAAUGCAAAAGUCAAUGACAGAGGCCAAUUCCAUUCCUCACUUAUACUUAAAAGAAGAAGUCGAUCUCACAGAAUUAGCAUAAAUGAGAGAAUAAUUGAAGAAAGAAAAGAAUAUCACAUUCAUGACUCUACUCAUCAAAUCAUUUUCAUUGGCAUUGGCUAAAUACCCAAUAUUGAAUUCUACAUAUGAUCCCACUAAGCAAUUCGAAUACACAUAACAUUUAUCACACAAUGUCUCUGUGGCCUUAGACUCUCCAAAAGGUUUAGUGGUUUCCAAAUAUUAAGAAUAUGAAUUGAAUAGAUUACGAACUUUGGGAGAAAAGGGAUAGUUGAGUUUUAACUGCCUCAUUAAUAUCGGUACAAUUGGAGGCACCUACACUGGUCCACUCAUACUGGCCCCAUAGGUUUGCAUAGUUGGAAUUGGCAGGUUGAUAACUGUGCCAAGAUAUGAUGCAAAAAUGAACAUAGUUCCAAGGAAAAUUAUGAACCUAAGUUUUGGUUGUGAUCACAGAGUGAUUGAUGGUGCAACUGUAGCUAGAUUUAAUAAUGUUUGGAAAACCUAUUUGGAAAAUCCAACAUCUAUGUUUAUUCAUCUUAAAUGA